AUGUCAUCGAUUGCCAAACGAAUGCUCGAGCGGCAAGGCUGGAAGGAGGGCUCAGGGCUUGGGAAAAACGGACAAGGUGUGAAGACGUACAUUAAGGUCAACCGCCGUGAUCCCGGAGUGGCAACGGGACUUGGCCACGCCGCUGAAAUGGGACAGACCUCAUCCUUUGAAGUGGAACUCGACGCCGUCUAUUCCAGCCUCGCGUCCAGCGAACGGAAAGCGAAGACUAAGAUGAGUAAGAAGGACCAGGAAUGCGAUGUGGAUGAUGAAAGAGGAAAGACACGUCAGGCCAGCGUUGAAGUAAAGGGAGAGAAGAGGACGCGUGGUCCCAGCGACGACAGUAGCAGCGCCACUGACGACUGCGCCAGUAAUUGCAGCAGCACCAGUGGCAGUAGUAGCUCUGACGAAGGUAAGGAAGUUGAUAUAUUGCGGAUGUCGGACAAGGAAUUGCUGGAGCGGUGCGGCGGAGUGCGCUUGGGACGGGCUGGUCGUCACCGUUUCUUCAACGGGAAGCUCCGCCGAAUUGAAGAAUCACACCGCGGCCACUGA